CACGCCUGCAGUCACGCGGCGUUGACGCGCGUCGCAGCAUGUUUGCGUGGGUGUAGAUCGCUUCGUGAUAAACAAUCUCUGUUUUUAUAUUUUAUCAGUCAAGUGUUUAAAAUAAGCAGUUUUGUGAAAGACCAGCAUGAACGUCACGUCCCGUGUUAAACAAUUUGUGGUUAGUGUGGAAUAAAUGAGAGUGUUGCGUCUCUGUGUGUGUUUUGUUGUUACUGCGUCCGGAGGCAGGAUUUUAGCCGUGUAGUUGAAGGUCUAGGGCCGGCAUGAGAAAAAUAAACGGUAUCCGCUAAAUAUUGGCCAUCCAUUUACAAUGACGAUAGAUAGAGCUGGUCGACCUCCCGCUCCCCGAAGAGUGUCAUCCACGUACAGGAGUUAUGACGAACUCGGUACAAUAGAUCGCGCUAGACCUUUGAGGUACCGUCAUGGUGGCAUAGAGGAUUUGACUGGAAUAGAACAACCUAAAAUGUACAGAACGUACGAUACAAAGAAUCUAGAUGACAUUACUGUCAUUAGCUCUGAAGAGAUACAAAAGCCGAAGAGAAAAACUAUUGAGGGUCUCGCGUAUGGGUUCAGAAGAACUUUCUCUGUUCGGAGCCGAAGAGAGUCUGAAGGAAUACCGCUAGACACUUUCAAUGUCACGUGUGAGGAAAAUUUCGCAACUGUCAGAGGUGCACCUUUUGGGAGACGAAGGUCAUUGUCUAGAGAUAGAGGCUCAUCUCUACUAACUAGAAGUUCAUCUGAAGGUGACGUGAGGAUUCAAACCGCCCGGGCUCCGCCUGCUGCACCCAUGCCUCGACUACAUCGCUGCAUCCGCGCUCUCGGCGGCAGUUGGAAGAACCUUCUUUUAUUGGGCGGGAUGUCUCGCGGUGGCAGUGGGGCCGGCAAGACGGCUACUGCCAAGCGCGUGCCGCCUCCAGCGGUCCCUGGCGAUGCGUUUGGCACACCGCAGCACAGGCAUUCCGGCUCAAGCUUCGGCUCGCAAGGUUACGCCUCUUGCGAGGAGCAGCCCUACCCGCAGCCCCCAGACACACCGUCGCAUACACGAGAUGACCAUUCAGACUAUGGCAGUACGGUAUCUGGGGUGUCUGGUGUCAGUGGUGCCAGCGGGAGCCUGGGCAAGAGUCCAGCAGGCGGCGGCACCUUCACCUUCCCCCCACCAUCACAGCCGCUUACGCACAAAGCUGCCGUGUACUACCACCACCAGUUGGCGCUCAGUGAUGACCAGGGGAUCGAUAUGACGCAGAGUCCCGGCCGCGACAGCCCCGGCUCGUCAUCAGGCUCAGCAGGAUCAGGCUCGCGGCACUCAUCUGCGUCACUGGACAGCGGGCGUGCGUCAGGCCGCGGGCCGCAUUUGCACCACGCUGCUUGUCCAUGCGGAGACGCAGCAGACCGCGUGCGGGCCAUGAUCACACAAGGGCUUCCCGACCCAGAUAUAAUCCACGCGUGGCUAGCUGACCUCCAAAUGGAAGAGUAUGCAAGGCUGUUCAUAGAUGCGGGAUAUGACUUGCCCACUGUCACGAGAAUGACGCCAGAAGAUCUGACGGCGGUCGGCAUCAAGAAACCCAACCACCGCAAGCGGUUAAAGGCAGAGCUCGCUAAUUUGAACGUUCCUGAUAAUUUACCUGAUUAUAUACCUGGUUCCUUAGAGGAAUGGCUUCGGCUUCUUCGGCUGGAGGAGUACGGGCCGGCGCUGGUCGCGCAGGGCUACCGGACCGUGCAUGACGUCACACAGCUCGCCUGGGAGGAUUUAGAAGACAUGGGCAUAGUACGUCUAGGUCACCAAAAGAAAAUAUUACUGGCUAUAAAAAGAGUAAAAGAUAUCAGGGCAGGCAAAAGGAGCAUCAGCAAUCAGGGUUCCCUUGACUUUACAAGGCUACAACCUGGCCAGGAUUUAUAUCCGAGGCAGCUACAUUACCAGCCUUGGGGAUCAGCGAGGAGUUACCAUAAACCCCCCGAUCUAACCUUUGACGCUCUACCAACGCCCCUAUGUGGCACUGAUUUGGUCCCUAUACAGAUCCGUCAUCCCCGCGGCAAGUCGCUGGAGAGUCUAGAAGACCCCUCUGAAAGGACAUCGCACACGACCUUCUCUCCUGACGCGGGAUUUUAUUAUGGCGGGGGACAAUGGCGGCGGUCAUACGAUGAUGGCGACAUAACGCCGACGAACGACAGCUCGUACGAGGGAGGCGGGACGCUGCCCCGUCCCAGGGGACUGGUGCGGCCGCGGCCCGUCGCCAAGAUACAAGCGACGCCCGCGUACAGGGACAAGUCUCCGGACUAUGCCUACGACGAGAUCGCGUACUCGGCGAGACUGCAGCGCGUCGCAUACGGGGCGAGUCCGCAUGUGGCCAGGAAACCCCCGCCUGAGCCCCCAAAGCGGCAGAGUUCACAGUAUGCACCAUUCAGGUUCGGACAGACGACAGUGGAAAUCCACCCGGAGAAGAGCCUUCCCCUGAGCCUGCCCGCGUACCCGAGCUCGGACUCGCUGAGCGUGUCUCUGGACAGCACGGGGCUGCUGCCGCCGCCGCCUGCACCCGCCUCGCCCCCUCGCCGUUACGAAGAAGACAAGCUAAGGACUGGAUCCGACGCUAGUUUUAAGUCAAGUUCCAGCACUGAAUCAGAUAGCAUCCCAUUUGCCAACGAAAAUGCGGGAACGAUAAAGCAGAACCGAGGUCAAAUAGCAGGAAGGCCUCAUACGGUCGACUAUGGCCGCACAGGGAUAGGACUUUCCAAUCUGCCACCAAGAAAUACACCAGACAUCAAACCUACGACCCCUCACUCCCUCCCUGAACACAAGGACGAAGGGAAAAGUACCGAGCCGGCGGAUGUCCUGAACGACAUUGGAAACAUGCUUGCCAACCUUACGGACGAACUCGACGCCAUGUUGGAAGAAGAAAAGCGCCAAGGGCUCACCGAUUCCUAAUAUGGUUUGUUACAUUUGCAAUAAUUUCUACUCGAAUACAUACACUUUUGAAGUAAUAGAAAUUCCAAAGAAGUCUAUCAUUGGCAAUCUAUCAAGUUGAUAAUCCUAUUUGUUUUAAGUUAUCUUAGAGUCAUUAUACCUAAUUAGAGACACUUCCAAAAAAUAUUCCGAUAUCCUUGCAAGUUAAUCCAUUCUCUUUGGUAGCGCCUCUCAGAAAUAAUACGCAAGAAAAAUGAAAUAGCAAUCAAGGUUUCCUUCAAAGACUUUCAGUCAUACAUAUGCUAUAAUAGCUUAGCACGAAUUUUCUAUACAGACAUGAUCACAUCUUGCCUUCGCUGCGAAAAUAUCUAACAUUAACCUAUAUUCUGUAAGUUUUAUAAUGACUUAGCAUUUGUACCAGUUAAAUAAAUAUUAAAUAAACAUUUUUUUAACGUGCUAAUUUCGUGGGUAGUAUGUUUUCGUCGCUCAUUAUUUAAUGUCAUUAAGUUCCUUGUUGUAUACAUAACAGAUGUAACGGUUUCAUUUCACGUUGCGAUAGUGAAAAUUAGACAUAGACAAAUCCAAAAACAGAAUGAAAAGUGGCUAUUUUUGUAAAUAUUGUUUUACUUAAAUUAUGUCAUAGAUAAAAUAUAUCCCUGUAGCUAGUUUUUCAUGUACAAUAAAAUUGUAGAGUACUCGAUUAUGGUGUAGCAUGGACUAGUUAGAAUUUAUACAAAAAUAUUAGCCUAGUUAUAGUGUGAAAAUUAGGAGUUACGUAAUAAAUGUAUCAUAGACUCAUAUGGAUAUUGAUAGAACCUCAUAGACAUUAUAUGUUAAUAUUCUUGUACUUCAUUAAACAUGCUCCAUAUUGAGAAAUUCAAUUGCUUUCGUAGAUUACAUACAUCUAGAUAGAGAUAAAUCUUGCUAUAUGAAAGUUUAAAAGUAUAGCAUUUAUUAAUAAUAUAAAUAAAUGAAAUGACAAUUUAUGUGAUAAAUUUCACCAAUUCCAAAAAACGGACUAUUUUUUAAACUCAUCCGUUACAGUCGAAAUUUCUGUUGAGAUAUUCUAUCUAGAUGUUGUUGAUCUACUUGCACAUUAUGGAAAUGCAGGUCGAAGAGCUUAGCAAUAAUAUUCCUGCCCAAAUCGACAGCUUCCCAGAAUUAUCUAGACACGCUUCCUGUAUAGCGAAAUUAAACUUUGAAUCUGUAAAGUUCAAAGAUCACAAAGUAAUUUAGUUUGUUCCAUAAUAAAAUAAUGCCCAUCAAAGUGAUAUUUAGCGGCCAUAAAAUAAUUAACUUUUCAUACCUACCGUUAAGACAGCAAAUCUCUUUUUACAAAUAGCAUAAUUGCUCUUGUUUUUUAACUAUGUAUUCUCGCAUCUCAUUUCAUGAUUCAAACCGUGCCUACUUCUACAAGUAUAGUAAUGAAUUAACAUUGUCUUAGUACAAUGUACCUAAUUAAAAUUUGUUACUGAUCUUUUUCCCUGAUGAGUAAAACAAAUUAAGGGACGAUUUCUAUCGACUAUUGGGUAUUUCUAUUCAGUUUAGGUUUUGUACAUCGUACUGCCAAAUUACGUCCUCAAUUAAAAUUCUCAUCACUUAUUUUCAAUAUCAUAAAUUCGUUUGACAGUAUCUUGUCUUCAAUUAGAUUUAGUAAACGAUCCAUGGCAAUAAUCAGUCAUAUAAAAUUGACAAUAAUAAUUAAUAGCCGCUGACCCACUUUACAGUCAUCUCCACGUUUAAUACCUAAAUUAAAUAAAAAAACAUAGUUGAUAAUAACUUUAUUAGGACUCAAGUAUUUACAAUGGGGAAGUAACUGGCAGUAACAUACAAUUUAUAACAUGAAGUGUACAAUGAAAUAACAAAAUACUAAAUCAGCACACUGGAGUAUAAACUAGGCUUUAUCCUGUAAAUAUCAUAGCCAUCAGUGUUUCUAUACGUUCUUUGAUAACAUUUCGUAUUUAGAAUUUUUGUAUACCUACGUACAUGUUAAUGAAGUGUACUCUAUCUAUUUACAAUUUAUCGCCGUCACUCCAUUCUGUGACAUUAGAAAGGUGCUAGUUAUCUUGAAAUACAUAAUGUAAUUAGAUAACGCGGAAUAUAAUGGAUUAUAAUUUUGUAAUUAUUAUUUUGUUCAUCGAACUAGUCAAAAUUUAUUUCUGGAGUGACGGCAUAUAAUAAAAGAAGACAAUGUAAUAAUGAUUUAUUUGUAAUCUACCGGUAUCUUACUUAUUUUAUAAUUCAAUUCUUUUUUUAAUAAAUAUAUUUGUAAUAUCUAA